CCGCCCCGCCGCCGCAGCGCCUGGGGGAGGCGGAGAGGAGCCGCUAAGCUGGGUGUUGCUGCGAAGCCCACACGUGAGAACAGAGCGUUCACUAGGUCAGCCCUGCUCCCCUUGGUGCCUGCUGUUCAGCAGGGAAUGCACGUGGGCCCCAUGGAUCCUGCAUCUGACCCCACACGAGUCUUCCUUGCAUCCUCUACUUCCUAACAUCAGCCAGCCGGAAAGUUCACAAGGCAAAGGUUGUCAACAUGACUGAGAGAACUGAUAGCCUCCACUUCCAGUUUGACAACUAUGGUGACUCCAUGCUGCAGAAAAUGGACAAGCUAAGGGAAGAGAACAAGUUCUGCGAUGUGACAGUCCGCAUCGAUGACCUUGAGGUUCACGGCCACAAGAUCGUCUUUGCCGCAGGCUCCCCCUUCUUGAGAGAUCAGUUCCUGCUGAAUGACUCCAGGGAAGUCAAAAUCUCCAUCCUGCAGAGCUCAGAAGUGGGGAGGCAGCUGCUUCUGUCCUGCUACAGUGGCAUCCUGGAGUUCCCCGAGAUGGAGCUGGUGAACUACCUGACCGCGGCCAGCUUUCUCCAGAUGAGCCACAUUGUCGAGCGCUGCACACAGGCCUUGUGGAAGUUCAUCAAGCCGAAGCAGCAGGUGGAAAACAAAGGGGAAGCAGAGCAGCAGACUCGCUCCUCAGAGCCCAAGGAGCUCCCAGGGGCAGGGCGGGAGGAGGAGGACAACGACGACGAUGACGCCUUGCAGUCUGACUCGCCUUGCAUCCAGCCCUCCGAGGACAGCAUGGACAUCGAGGACAGUGACAUCCAGAUCGUGAAGGUGGAGUCCAUCGGGGAGGUGGCCGAGGUCAGGAGCAAAAAGGACCAGAGCCAGUUCAUUUCCUCGGGGCAGCAGAGCACCCUCCACUCCUCUGAACCCCAGCACUCCCUGAUUAACUCCACGGUGGAGAACCGAGUGGGGGACAUGGAGCAGAGCCAGCUCCACAACUACGCCCUUUCCUACACGGGGGGCGACAACCUCAUCGUGGCUUCCAAAGACCUGUUCAGCCCCAGCAACCGGGGGGUGGACAAGGGCCUCCAGUGGCACCACCAGUGCCCCAAGUGCACCCGCGUCUUCCGGCACCUGGAGAACUACGCCAACCACCUGAAGAUGCACAAGCUCUUCAUGUGCCUGCUGUGCGGCAAGACCUUCACGCAGAAGGGCAACCUCCACCGGCACAUGCGGGUGCACGCCGGCAUCAAGCCCUUCCAGUGCAAGAUCUGCGGGAAGACCUUCUCGCAGAAGUGCUCCUUGCAGGACCACCUCAACUUGCACAGUGGGGACAAGCCCCACAAGUGCAACUACUGCGACAUGGUCUUUGCGCACAAGCCCGUCCUGCGGAAGCACCUGAAGCAGCUGCACGGCAAGAACAGCUUUGACAACGCCAACGAAAGGAACGUCCAGGACAUCGCGGUGGACUUUGACUCCUUCAGCUGCAGCUCGGGGCCAGACUCCAAAAGCUGCCCGCAAGCUGAGGCCAGCCAGGCGCUGGAUGCAGGGAAGCUGGCGCAGGCUGUGCUCAGUUUACGAAGCGAGGGCAGCUGUGUGAACUGAAGUGGGUGUCCUGGCGCUUCUCGGCCAGCACUGGGCAGGACGCACCGCGGAAGAGCUGCUGCAGGCUUGGGCUCAGCCCUGCGCCCAUGAAGCUCUGAUGAACGAGCUGCAAGGCCUGAACCAAAAAAUUGUAGCACGUCUUCAGUUCCCACCCUAGAGGGAUGUGAUGUUUUUGGUGACUCCAAGCAUCUUUGCCGCGGUUGGAAAAGAACACGGUGGCUGUGAGCCUGCCCCUGCUGGUGGCACGGGCUAAAUGCCCUUUUCCAAAGGCUGCUUGGGAUGCGUCAUUAGCUGCUUGUGGGCUCACACAAGGAACAGCUGCCCUCUAUCACGGAUGACUGUUUGAGCUAACAAACUAAACUAACCUGAGAUCUGGGUGGGAUGGGGGAAAGAAGCACUGGAUAAUUGUAAGCUCUCGGUAUUUGGUAGUCCAGCUGGGUUUUUUUAAUUUUGUACUGUUUGUUAAAAACCUUGGGUACUUGCCUUCUGCUGUUCUUAGCCUAAAGUGGCAUCACCGCUAA